AUGCCUUGGGGGAGAAAAGCUACUCUGGAAGACAAUCUGAGGAGCUUUACUCUCAGCACUACUCAUGUUAGGUUUGUCAGGAUUCUGCUUGUUGGUGAAGUUGGAGCAGGAAAGUCCAGCUUUAUAAAUUCGAUCAAUAAUGCUUUCCAAGAGCGAAUCACCUCUGGGGCUCUUGCUGGAGUUGCUUCAACCAGUGUUACCAAAGUAUACAAAACCCAUUAUAUCAAAGGGAAGGACGGCUUAAAUUUACCUUUUGUCUUCAAUGAUAUCAUGGGACUUGAACGUGGAGACAGCAGUGGUGUACACAUACAGGACCUUCUCAAAGCCAUAAAUGGGCUUGUCAAGGAAGGAUACAAAUUUAAUCCUGUUAUGCCUGUGUCUGGGAAUGACUGCAAAAGCAAUCCCAGCACUGGUGAUCAAGCCUUCUGUGUGGUCAACAUUCUACCAGCAGACAAAGUGUCACUCAUGGACAAAGAAAUUGUUCAAAAGUUGAAAAUGAUCCGUGAGGAGGCUUCAAAUCAUAAUUUGCCUCAAGUAGUCAUCAUGACAAAAGUGGAUGAAGCCUGCCCACUGGUUAAAGAAAACCUAAGAAAGGUCUACACCAGCAAGAAGAUCAAAGAAAAGAUGCAAAAUUGUAGUAAUCUACUGGGUAUUCCAAUGAACCACAUCUUCCCUGUCAAGAACUACCAUGAGGAGGUGGACACACAUGAUGACAUGGAUGUUCUGAUCCUUAAAGCGCUUGAACAGAUUGUGAAUCUUGCCAAUGAUGCUCUGGAAAGCCAAAAUUGAUUGAUUUUACAUCUCUAAAAGGAGAAUGUUGUUGCAACUUCCAAGUCUGGGAACACAGCCUUAAAGAGUUCGCUCAUGCCCUCAUUCGAGCUGUACAAGUGGUGUCCCGUAAUUGUUUUUAAAAUCCAGAGCACCUCUGCCCGAAGUGUCGGGGUUCCACCGACACCCAUCAUGCCCUUGUGUUGUUGCUAGCCUUGCUGAUGAUGUCUGGCUUGGCUGAUGCUGCUGACGUUCGACAGUGGUGCUAGUGCCAACUCCAGGUGCAUUCGGAGAUUGAACCGUGCAGAACUGAGCGAUGGGCUGGUGGCAGUGGAGGAAGGGCUC